AUGGAUGAAAAACAGGAAGAGGCUGUGAGGGUGUUAAAACAACAAUUACAGGAAAUUGAGGACACACUGUUAGCUCAAGAGAAGCUCCUGCAAGACAGAAACCAAAAAAUGGCCCUGGUAUCGGUGUCAGUUGUCGAUGCCGAGAAGGCUCUUGAGGAAAGUGAGGAGGAGUUGCGGGAGGCUCAGAUGCAACUGGAAAAUGUAGUGGCUGAUAAUCGGAUAGCGCACACAGAGCUAGCAAGACUUCAGACAACAUCAGGAGAUCGUCUACCGCGCGAUGAAUAUGUGCGGGAACUCUCCGAAGCCGAUUCCGGACUGAAGGAAAUGGAGGGCCAGGUCCAAGAGCUUGUGACGCAGGUAGAGUCGUUGAGUGGAGGCUCUGCUUCGGAUGUGGAUGCCCGACGGCAACUCACCUUGGUGAGGCUUAUUUCCAUGCUGGAUGAUCUACACACUUCGUUAAGUCGCAGCCUACAACGCGUUCCGCUGGAGGAGGAUGCAAGAGCGCGGGAGGUACUGAAAGCUAUACGCGAGCUUUCUCGUGAGCGCGAGAGGGCAAUUGGGUAUUGCUUGAGAAAGAAGCGGGAGGUGGCAGAUAUCAUUGAGCUGAAGAAGCAGAGAGCCAAUGAACUUACUUUAGAUUCACGGCGAAAACUGUCGACUCUUGGCGAAGAUCAUGAAAAGGCCACCCUUGGUGUAGUUGAAAAAAUACAAGCGGAACGCAAAGCACUUCGCGAAGAAGUUGAGAGUGUUAAAAGCGCGAAUCAGCAACUGUGGGACGCGCUUCGUGACACCAAAUAUUCUUCAGACUUUCUUCAGGGUGGGGACUCCAAACGGGAGGCUGCCGUCUCUGCUAGUGACACUCUCCGCAGAUCUGCCGAUGUCGAGGAGGAAAAGAACCAUCUUCGUGAACAGCUAAAAUUGUUUGAAGUAAAGCGAACAAAGCUACAACGAAUGAUAGAGGAGUUGAGGACAAAUGUGAAUGCGGAGAUGGAGAAACACGCGCUGAAGCUGAGGGAUCUCAAACAUGAGAUUGAACUCCAGCAACGCGAAAGUCACAAGCUUGAAGGUGAAAACAGGAAGCUGAAAUCCUUGUGCGACUCGUUGGCUGUGACGCUUGAGGCGUGA